AUGGAUACAACAAACGAGUUUAAUCGAAUAACAGAAGUAAAACAAGUGUUAGAAUCAGAUGAACAGGAACAAAAUGAAACGAAAUUUGUUAUUUUUUAUGAAUUAUUCGAUAGUCUUUUAAUUUUAGUUCAAAUAAUUAAUAUAGAAAAAUUUUUGCAUCCAGAUAAGGUAGUCAUUAACUAUGAACUUGAUCGAUCAUAUUUUGAUAUUAAUGAACAAGAAUUAUUUUCAAGUUUGUUCAAACUUUUACAUGGUUAUAAUGAAUCUACGAAUGAAACAUUAGACGAAUCAUUCAAUCGAAUUGUUGAUGAACCAUUAACAACGAAAAAAUUAAUUGAAAUUAUAAAUAAUAAUCAAGGAUUAACACCAUAUAUUAUUGAUAGUUUGAAACGUUAUCAUGCUUUAAAUGAUGUACAUACAAUAAUUUCACAAUGUUUAGACUUAAAAAAUGAUAUAAUUGAUAAAAAUACAGUAGAUCUAUUUGAAGAUUUAAUUGACAAUAUAACAACACGUAUCAUAUUAACAAUAACAAUUGAAAAUAUGUCGUAUGAAAGUCAACGUUUUUUAGCUAAUUUUAUCAAAAGAAAUGAUUUACCGAUACUAGUUACUU